UUGGGGUGUGGGGCUGGGUAUUUGGUGGUGGUAGGGUCCGGGUUAUCCCCACGAGAAAAUCUACUCCCACUCCCGCGUUCCCGCUUCUUCUUGAAUCUCAUCUGCUAGAAAGUCACUGUGGGAGAAGAAAAGUGACAGAGAGUAUAGAGAGACCGGGACACAGAGAGAGAGAAAGAGAAGGAGAGGUAUGUGGAGGAGCUUCUUCUCUGGACAUGGACACUCCAGAGAGGAACCAGAUCGGGACACCCAUCUCUAAAUUCGAGGAUUCACCUGUCUUCAACUAUAUCAACAGUCUUUCUCCUAUCAAGCCAGUUAAGUCCAUACAUAUUACUCAGACGUUCAACCCGCUUAAUUUCGCAUCUCUUCCUUCUGUUUUCACUUCACCCCAUGUCAAUUCUCACAAGGAAUCUAGGUUCCUGAAAAGACAUAACUGUCUAGAUCCGUCAAAACCUGAGUCUUCAUCUGGAAAUGGAAAUAAAAUUGGCACAAAUGAAGGAACUGGUGUGGAUGCGGCUCAGUUGCACGAUAACUCGGCUGAGCUACAAGAAAACUUUGAUUCAGAGGUUUCACUUAAAGUAGCUUCUGCUCAGCCGUCAAGUGAACAUUCAAAGUUUGUGAUUGAGCUUCCAUGUACCUUGAAAUAUGAUUGUGGUAGUCCUGAAUGUGGCGUAACACUUAGUUGUGAUUUCGAGAUUGGUUGUAUGUCGGAAUUGGUGAGCAAGUCAGCAUCACUUAUUCAAUAUGGCCAAGAGGCCUCCGGAAAUGGUUCAUCUGAAGGUGAAGUGCAUCUAUCUGAGAUGUGCCGAAUUGGCCAAAAGAAAGAAGGGAUGGAAUGUGAUUGGGAGAGUUUAAUUUCUGAUGCAACUGAUCUAUUAAUCUUUAAUUCUCCCAAUAACUCAGAAGCUUUUAAAGGGUCAAUUCAGAAGUCAACGGACCCCCGAAUAAGAUUUUCUACUUCUCUUAUGUCAGAACUCCAUCAAAAUGACAUUAAAAACUUGCAAACAAUGCAAAUUGUUGAUCCAAUUGGUUCUGGUGAGCAGUAUGAAACAGAUAAUCCUUCUGCUGAAACUGGAGAAGGCAAUGAGCUUCAGGAAAUAGAGCAGACACAGGACAAUGCUGCUGAGAGUAAUCUGAGUAAGGGUAUGUCUAGCCAUAUGAGGGAGCAAGUGGAGAGUGAGGUGGCAGAAUGCAUUCCAUAUGCGUCUAAGGCCGUCUCUAAUUUGCACCGUGGUAUGCGAAGGCGCUGCCUAGAUUUUGAGAUGGCAGGAGCUCGUAGGAAGGCCUUAGGUGAUGCUUCAAAUUUUAGUUCUUCAAUGCUAUAUGAGAAGAUUAACUGUUAUGAUAAGCAGCUGGUUGCAAUUAAACCUAGUGGAGAUUCCUCUCGGUGCAUUCUACCUGGAAUUGGUUUGCACUUAAAUGCUCUUGCAACAACUUCAAAGGAUCAAAAAAAUGUAAAGCAUGAAAGUUUAUCCUCUGGAAUACAAUUAUAUUUACCGAGCUCCACUGCUUCAUUGCACUCCCCUACAAACAGUCAAGAACCACUUCAUAAAUCCUUGACCUCAGUCUCUGCUGAGAGAGACACGGAUCUUGCUGAAAAUGGGGUUUCUCAUGUGGAAGAUGCAUCUCAGGCAUCGGCAUAUUUAGUUAGUGAAGAGCUCAAUCAGAAUAGCCCCAAAAAGAAGAGGCGCAGGUUGGAACAUGCUGGAGAAAGUGAGUCCUGCAAGCGUUGCAACUGUAAGAAAUCAAAGUGUUUGAAACUUUAUUGUGAAUGUUUUGCCGCUGGUGUAUACUGCAUAGAGCCAUGUUCAUGUCAAGAGUGCUUCAACAAGCCUAUUCAUGAAGAUACUGUUCUUGCAACUCGCAAACAGAUUGAGUCCCGCAACCCUCUUGCAUUUGCUCCAAAAGUGAUUAGGAGCUCUGAAUCUGUAACUGAAAUUGGGGAUGAAUCCAGCAAAACCCCUGCUUCAGCUCGGCAUAAAAGGGGAUGCAACUGCAAGAAAUCAAAUUGCCUUAAGAAAUACUGUGAAUGCUAUCAGGGUGGAGUCGGAUGCUCUAUUAGCUGCAGAUGUGAAGGAUGUAAGAAUGCAUUUGGUAGAAAGGAUGGAUGUGCUCCAAUAGGUACAGAAGCUGAUAUAGAAGAAGAAACAGAUGCAUGUGAAAUGGAAAAGGCUAUACAGAAAUCCGACAUUCAGAACAAUGAAGAGCAAAAUCCAGCUACCACUCUUCCUACAACUCCACUAAGGCUAAGCAGACCGUUGGUUCCGCUGCCAUUUUCAUCAAAUGGCAAACUGUCAAGAUCUUCUUUUCUUACUGUGGGGUCCUCUUCUGGAUUAUAUACCAGCCAAAAACUUGGAAAGCCAAAUAUUCUCCGAUCCCUACCCAAGUUAGGAAGGCGUUUCCAAACAGUUCCAGAAGAUGAAAUGCCUGAGAUUCUCUGUGGCGACAGCUCUCCUAGUACUGGCAUCAAAUCUGCUUCUCCAAACAGUAAGAGGGUCUCUCCUCCUCAUGGUGAUUUUGGGUCAUCUCCUAGUCGCCGGAGUGGCCGGAAGCUGAUAUUACAAUCUAUUCCUUCGUUUCCUUCUCUCACUCCCAAGCAUUGAAAUGAUUAUUUUACUAUAAAAUCAAUUUUUUUUUUCCGAAUCAUCAUUAUGUCGAAAAAUAUCUUGUUUAGUUCUUGUCAUCUUAGCUUGCCUUGAGCACCUGUGUAAUAAUAUGGUUAUCUUUUCCCCAUAAUGUAUACUUCUCUUGUAUAAUAUGUUAUCGUAGUUCAGUGCUUUAGUUUUUCCAA